AUGAAAAGCAGACGUCGUAAUGCUCAGACGCCAUCGUUCUACUAUCUACUUCCUCUAAGCAUACGGCGGACGCUGGCAAGUGUAUCACUUGGCAUCUCAAUUGGUGUCGCAGGGACUUUGAUACUGUUGGGUCUGGAAAAUGAAAGGAUCAAAGAUGAUGAAUAUCCAACAUCGAUAGACUCCAAGAAAUUGGUUCCUACACACGAAGCACUACGCUAUGGAAUGCCUUCAAAUUCGAAUGUGCACGUACGCUCGGGAUACGUUGUGUCUUAUGACUACCGCACACGCAAUGCGUCGUGGGUGAUAGAACGCUUGACCAAAGACUCGCUACGUGCUGAGCAAGAGACCAAUCGAGCAAGCUCCAAAUUUAUGGUCGAUACGGAUGUUCCAACUCAAUUCAGGGUACAUCCGAAUCAUUUUUUGAAAAGUGGCUAUGACAAAGGACAUCUCGCACCGGCUCGUGACAUGAGUCAAUCCCAGGAAGCUAUGAAUGAAAGCUUUUUGAUGACCAAUAUUUCACCACAGGUUGGUGUAGGCUUUAAUCGUGGCUAUUGGUCGCGUCUUGAAGGCUUCAUGCGUCACUUGGCUGGCCAAUACAAUGCCAUCUAUGUGAUAACGGGACCACUGUUUCUUCCCAAGCGGAACAAGCAAUCAGGAGAAUUUGCCGUCUCAUAUCCAGUGCUUGGCACUCCACCGGAUACCAUCGCCGUUCCGACGCACUUCUUUAAAGUAGUGCUGGCUGAAAAGCGACAUGGCAAAGGCUACGCUACGGCUGGAUUUAUUUUACCAAAUCGAUUUAUUCCAGAAGACAAAGAUCUGCAUGACUUUCAGGCUCCAAUACAUAUUAUUGAAAAACAAGCUGGCCUGCUCUUCUUCGACAAGCUUGAUGGGAUUGAAAAAGGAGAUUUGUGUCGCGAAGUCAAGUGCGCUCUCGCUCUCGCAUACCGCAAAGCAUCUUCUAAAUUGCUGGAAGAUGCAUCAAUAGAGUUGGCUACUUCAUAG